AACGAAGAAGAAAAAGAAGAAGAAGAAGAAGUCGUCCAGUAAUCGAGUUGCUGUGAAGUCUCCGGGGCCGAGGCCUAAAGACUUUUUUUUUAUUUUUUGUAAACGCCCGCCGUCACAAUUGUGUGUGGAUGCCCGGAUUUUGGUGCCCGUUUUGACCGGGGGUGAACCGAUGAAGCACUUUAGCCUGUGAUCGAAGCAGAAACGGUCGGAAACGUUAGCCAGCUAGUUGAAGCUACCGCUAACUGCCAGCGAGGAAGUGAGGAACGAAAAAAAUGACAUCUCGGAGGUGGUUUCACCCCAACAUCACAGGUGUGGAGGCUGAAAACCUCCUGCUGACUCGUGGGGUGGAUGGGAGCUUUUUAGCCAGACCCAGUAAGAGUAAUCCAGGAGACUUCACCCUCUCAGUACGGCGAAAUGGAGCCGUCACUCAUAUUAAGAUCCAGAACACGGGAGAUUACUACGACCUGUACGGCGGGGAGAAGUUUGCCACUCUUGCAGAGCUGGUGCAGUAUUACAUGGAGCAUCAUGGGCAACUGAAGGAGAAAAACGGAGACGUCAUUGAGCUCAAGUAUCCGCUCAACUGUGCUGAUCCCACCUCAGAGAGAUGGUUCCACGGACACUUGUCGGGCCGGGAGGCUGAGAAGCUGCUGACGGAGAAAGGGAAGAACGGCAGCUUCCUGGUGAGAGAGAGCCAGAGCCAUCCGGGGGAUUUCGUCCUGUCGGUUCGUACAGGAGACGACAAGACGGACAGCAGUGACAGCAAACCCAAAGUCACUCACGUCAUGAUCUGCUGCAAGCACGACCUGAAAUACGACGUCGGCGGAGGCGAGAAGUUCGACUCCCUCACCGACUUGGUAGAGCACUACAAAAAGAACCCCAUGGUGGAAACUCUGGGCACCGUGCUUCAGCUAAAACAGCCUCUGAACACUACUCGUAUUAACGCGGCGGAGAUCGAAAGUCGAGUUAGGGAGCUGAGCAAACUCGCGGAAGCCACAGACAAAGUCAAACAGGGCUUCUGGGAAGAAUUUGAGACGUUGCAGCAACAGGAGUGCAAGCUGCUCUACAGUCGUAAAGAGGGCCAGAGAGCCGAGAACAAAAACAAGAACAGAUACAAGAACAUUCUGCCAUUCGACCACACACGCGUGGUGCUGAAUGAUGGGGACCUAAAUGAGCCGGGCUCCGACUACAUCAACGCCAAUAUCAUCAUGGUAGUAUCCACUGUCAUGCCGGAGCUGGACUCAAAGUGUAACAGUACCAAGGUGAAGAAGAGCUACAUUGCCACUCAGGGCUGUCUGCAGAACACCAUCAGUGACUUCUGGAGGAUGGUGUUUCAGGAAAACUCUCGAGUCAUCGUCAUGACGACCAAAGAGGUGGAGAGGGGGAAGAGUAAGUGUGUGAAGUACUGGCCCGACGUGUCGGCUCUGAAGGAGUACGGCGCCAUGCGCGUUCGCAAUGUCAGAGAGACGGCGGCACACGACUACAUCUUAAGAGAGCUCAAACUGUCCAAAGUGGGACAGGGCAACACAGAACGUACAGUUUGGCAGUACCACUUCAGGGCCUGGCCGGACCACGGCGUCCCCACCGACCCGGGCGGUGUACUCGACUUCUUAGAGGAAGUCAACCUGAAGCAGGAGAGCAUACUGGACGCCGGGCCUAUAGCGGUACACUGCAGCGCGGGGAUCGGGCGGACGGGAACGUUUAUAGUGAUCGACAUCCUGAUAGAUGUGAUCAGAGAAAAAGGGGUGGACUGUGACAUCGACGUGCCAAAGACCAUCCAGAUGGUUCGUUCUCAGCGCUCUGGGAUGGUGCAGACCGAGGCGCAGUACAGAUUCAUCUACAUGGCUGUGCAGCAUUACAUAGAGACGCUGCAGAGACGCAUAGAGGAAGAGCAGAAAAGUAAGAUUAAAGGGCGCGAGUACACCAACAUUAAGUACUCUAUGUCUGACCUGACUGGAGGGGAGCAGAGCCCUUUGCCUCCUUGCACUCCUAUUCCUACUCCCACCUGCACAGAGAUGAGGGAGGACAGCUCUAGAGUGUAUGAGAACGUGGGCCUGAUGCAGCAGCAGAAGAGCUUCAGAUGAGAUUCAACUUUGACCCCAGUGCUCUAUCAGUUCCAGGAUCUUGAUACCUGACAGGUUUUUUUCGCCAGCCACACCUUGACGCCUGAGACUUGACCGUAAUGACAUGGAACAAUGGAGGAAAAAAAAAACAACAAAAAAACAAAACAAAAAAACCAACAACAACACCAACACAGAAACGUGAGAGAGACCAGACACCUGGGUCCUCCUGUUCUCGCUCAUCUUACAUGAACAUUUGCCCUGUAGUUGAAUUCUAAACCACUGUGAUCAUCAGAAGAGCCUAAAUCCCCCGACUAAACCGCAGUUUGGGUUUAGCCUUUGUAAAUCUCGCCGCGACAAGGGCUGCAAACAGCGAGCGCUCUCCUCAGAGGGAAAAACCUAGCUAACCUUUUGCUCAUCUCUCAUUUUUCUACGUUUUUCUUUUUUUUUUUUUUUUUUUUUUUAAUUAACCAAAGGAAAGUUAUGUAAAUUGUGUUGUGUAGACGGAAGUGAGUUUCCUGAACGAGGCCUGUGCCAAAACCACAAAUUAUUUUAUCCACGACUCUCAGCCAAUUAAAAGUCUCCAUUCGGCCCUGAAAAGCCUUUAAAGCAGCGGGAGACGAGACCUUAUGUUUGGACAAAAGUGGUGCAAAAUCUCCAGUGAUUACUGUCCAGUUUUCACUGUGUCGUAUGGAGUAAUAUCUCUUAAUGAAGAAGUAUUGGAAUUGUAGUGUAAUAUCACACUUACAGUUGAUCUGUUGAUUCAUAAUCCACUGACUUCUAAGCAUUAAUUCCUUUUUUUUGUUUUGUUUUGUUUUGUGCCGGAACCGCCUUGAAGAGAAAUGUACAUUCAAGCAGUUCAGAGUGUGAAUUAACUUUUUAUUUUUAUUAUUAUUAUUAUUUUCUAGUUCACAUGGGGUUCAAUAUGCUUUUUGUUGGGAUACACAGUGUCUGUUAGUUAACCAUUCCUGAGCUCAAGCCGAAUGUCCUUAAUGCUGCACUUUUAUUUAGCAGCAUAACAGUUACAGUCAAGCCUUGAUUCACCUGGUGGAUUUAUAAAUACUCUAAUCUGGGGUUAGCACAGGAGUUUCGGGGGGGAGGGGGGCACGUGUUGUGAUUUCUUUUUGCCCCCCUUCAUGCCUGCACUUCUAUGUCAAAGUCAGUGUGACGAUGUAUUAAGAUUUCAGGGGAGUUGUGUCUCUUAGUUGCAGGCAUCGCCACAGACGCCCGGCUGCCAAAAACCAUAAAAGAAACUUUGUUUUUUAAGUUUUUUUUUUGUUUUUGUUUUUUUUAAAAAGUGCGUAUUACUUUUUUUCAUUCUUUAUUGUUCUUUUUAAAGACAAAUGCCUUUUUGUGUACCAUUGCCUAUUUUGAGCACCACAUGUACUUAAGUUUAAGAGUCACUGUUUUAAAAAAGCAAUCGCACAUCUCUCAGCUUGGGCAGAAUAGAUAGUCAGUGUCGUGGUUGUAGAUUGUUGGGCCUGUGAUAGUCAGCUGGAUUCAGUAGUUAAAACACAUGCACACACAAGUAUACAGGUUUCAAUAGGAGAGUAUUUUCUUGUUUUCUGUCGAUGUUAAUCAAACUUUAAAGGAAUAGUCAAACAUUUAACGGAACAUCGCUCAUCUAAUUUCUUGCACAGAGUCAGAUGAGAAGAUAGACGCCACUCUCACGUCUGCACGCUAAAGAUGAAGCCAGCUAGCAAGCCACCAGCUGAUUAGCUUAGCGUAAACACUAAAAAAAAAAAAAAACAGGGGUAAACGGCUAGCCUGGUUCUGUCCAAAGGGCACAGCACGACGGAGUAAACAAACGAGAUAUAAUGUGUUAAUUGGUGAGCUUUCGAGGUGGUGCUAAACGGUGAUGCCACUCUCAAGUCUGUAUGCGAAUCAUGAAGCUACAUCCAAUGGCAGAUUAGCUUAGCUUAGCAUAAAGAAGCACAAAGAUAAACGGGUGGGAACACCUGUCCUGAUUUUGUCCAAAAGAAAGAUAAAAUCCUGCUACCAGCACCUCUAAAGUCAGUAAUUACUCCAACACAUCUUGUUUUGUUUGAUGCAUGAAAAAUGUAAAAAUGACAAGUUGUCCAAAAGGUGAUUGAGCUAGGCUAGCUGUUUCCUCCUGCUAAGCUAAGCUAAGCUAAGCUAAUCACCUGCUAGCACUAGCUUCAUAUGUAGUGUACAAAUAUGAGAGUGGUAUCUUGUGUCACCUCUAACUCCGUGCAAGAAAACACAAAGGUGUAUUUUCCAAGAUGUCAAACUGUUCUUUGGACUUUAUCUUCUCAAUCAGCUGCAGUAUUGAGGGAAGUUAAAUAUUUUCUACUCUGGUGAAAACUCACUCACUCACUCACUCACUCACUCACUCACUCACUAACUCAUUUCAAACACGUGGCCUACAGUAUUUUCAUUCGUCAAGCCUUCCCAGCUUCUGCACAUUUUUGCUUACCGUCACUCGCCUUGAGAAACUGCAGUCUCGUGAUUGAACUUACUGUAACAGUGCUGACUCGGAAUCUCUUGAUUGAGGAAAAACAAAAAAGAGGAAGAAGCGGCUCUUCUCUUUUGCCUUGAGGGACAGUUCUCAGCCACCACUGAUCCAGGAUUGAACAGGUUCUUUGUGUUUUAAAAAAUCAUGAAAUCAGUGUUUUGGUUUUUUUUUUUUUUGGGGGGGGGGGGGGGGGGGGGCUGCUUCCUCCUCCCACCGGAGGACUCUGCUAACACUCGGCUGCUGCUUCACAGCAAGUGUUCUUUGAAGCUUCUCUCCCGGGUGAACACCAUCCACUGACUGAGUUACGAGAUCUUUUGUAGUGUGGUGUACUGUAUGCAGUUUUAUCGUCGGAGCGGAUGAGUUUGUACUUGUCUAAUGUUUAGUGGAAUGCUUGUUUGUGGUGUUUUGCGUCCUGUGGUGUGUGUGCGUGUGUGUGUGCGUGUGUGUGUGUGUGUGCAGGGAUGCGUGUAUGUGCUGUGAGAGUGUGGCUGCAGAUCAGCCAUAAGUUCUUGAAUUCUUUCUUGUUUUUGUUUUUUUGUUUUUGUUUUUUUUCGCAGAUGAUAAAACUGCUUUCCAUUUAUCAUGUAAGCAAUUUAGAUGCAUAGACGUGCCUUCUAUGCAUAUGCCUAUGUGUAUGUGAUAGGUAUUAAAAAGACAAAACAGUGCUCUUUAGUUUCCACCGCCAUUCAAGAACCUGUAACACUUAAAUGUGAAUUCUUUCAUCCUGAACAUCCUGAACAAAAAAGGAAAAAACGGUGAUCGCAAUGCAAACAAACUAUAUUUUUUAACAUGUAUAUUGUACAUGAGUACCAGGUAGAGGAGAAUGUACUUACUAAAAACAUAUCUACUUGCCAAUAAGAUAUACUGUAUGUAUAUUCCUACAGCUUUCUCUCUGUGACACAGGGAGGGACCUCUCACAAAGCUUAAGAGGUUUAUUGUAUGACUUUCAAUGCAGUUAACCAUGUUAACUUCCUCAAUAACAAUAAAUGGCUAGCUCAUGCCUCAUUAA